UGUUAUCACUGUGGGAGGUGGGGGCACAUUGCCCCGGAGUGUUGGACGAAUUCCCGUUAUGCGGUCUCAGAAUGGAGCGUCACCUCGAAUAGAAGAACAUGUUUUCAAUGCGGAAAAACCGGACACUUUGCCAGCGAGUGCUAUGCUAACAAGAGAAGGCGGACGGAGACUGUGGAGUGCUUCAAUUGUGGGAAGCCUGGGCAUUUCGCUUCAGAGUGC